GCUUCAUCAAAGCAUCCAAAGUGAGAGUGAGAGAGGGGGAAAAAGCAACAGUAUAGCAGAGCAGAGGUCUAGAAUCAAAGUAUCUGAAACCUGGCCAUACGCAAUUUUCAUUUCCACUUUUUCUCUUCCUUGCUUAGGUUUUCGCGAUUCAUCAUUUCUCUCGAUCUUACUUCUUCCUCGCCAUUUCCAGAUCAUAAGUUUUGCCAUUGCCGAAAUGUGAGCUGCUCACUUCAAGCUGCAGGUUUUUAGAAGCUGAUGAUCUGUCAUUUGAGUUGUACUCAUUUAUCAAUACUAUAAGCAAGUUUAUUUGUAAUUCAGCGAUAUGGCUUCUGGCGUUAUAAUACCUUCAGCAGGUGGAAAACCUAUGACUGAUACCAUGCUUAUUGACAAUCUCCCUAAAGAAAUAAAUGAAAUGAAGAUCAAAGAUGACAAAGUAGAAAAGGAAAUGGAAACAGCUGUAGUGGAUGGAAAUGGAACUGAAACAGGUCACAUCAUUGUGACAACUAUUGGGGGAAAGAAUGGUCAGCCCAAACAGACCAUCAGUUACAUGGCAGAGCGAGUUGUUGGACAGGGUUCCUUUGGAAUUGUGUUCCAGGCCAAAUGCCUUGAAUCAGGAGAAACUGUGGCAAUAAAAAAGGUCUUGCAGGACAAGAGAUACAAGAAUCGGGAAUUGCAGACUAUGCGACUUCUUGAUCAUCCUAAUAUUGUUUCACUUAAGCACUGCUUCUUUUCGACCACAGAAAAGGAGGAGCUCUACCUAAAUUUGGUUCUCGAAUUUGUACCUGAAACUGUCUACCGUGUGUUAAGACAUUACAGCAAAGCCAACCAACGGAUGCCUAUGAUAUAUGUCAAGCUGUACACAUAUCAGAUUUUUAGAGCUUUGGCUUACAUACAUGGGAUAGGAGUCUGUCACAGGGACAUCAAGCCUCAGAAUUUACUGGUCAACCCCCACACACAUCAGCUUAAGCUCAUCGAUUUUGGGAGUGCCAAAGUCCUGGUCAAAGGCGAGCCAAAUAUUUCAUAUAUUUGUUCACGCUACUAUCGUGCACCUGAACUAAUAUUUGGAGCAACUGAGUACACCAAUGCAAUUGACAUUUGGUCUGUGGGUUGCGUCCUAGCGGAACUGCUUCUUGGGCAGCCCCUCUUUCCUGGUGAGAGUGGUGUCGAUCAGCUCGUUGAAAUAAUCAAGGUUCUUGGCACACCAACACGUGAGGAAAUCAAGUGCAUGAAUCCAAAUUACACAGAGUUCAAGUUCCCGCAAAUCAAAGCUCACCCCUGGCACAAAAUUUUUCAUAAGCGGAUGCCUCCUGAAGCUGUGGAUCUUGUAUCAAGGCUUCUCCAGUAUUCUCCAAAUCUGAGGUGCACUUCGUUGGAAGCUCUUGCUCACUCUUUCUUUGAUGAACUCCGUGACCCUAAUACUCGUCUUCCUAAUGGUCGUCCAUUGCCACCUCUGUUCAACUUCAGGCCUCAAGAGCUGAAAGGAGCGUCUCCAGACCUCUUAAACAAACUGUUACCAGAACAUGCUAAAAAGCAGUGUCCCUUCCUUGGCUUCUAAUCUUAUAUAUGAAUGUGUAUCUUUGUAAAAUUAAUCUUAUUUGUCACCACUGUAUUUAUUCCCCAUAUAUGUUGACCCAAGGAAUAGGACAACGUUUGACAUCUCCAUUCCAUUAUAUGCCUGCUAGAUUGUCUAAUCAGCUGAUUUUGACAUGUAGACCAGAAACAAUUAAUCGUAAAUAGUUAUGUAUCGUAAAAAUUUACCUUAUUCGUGAGAUGUAUGCAUAGUUUAAAAUA